CUCUCUUUCGUCUGAAUCACGUGCCGUCGUUCAGGCAGUGCGCAGACCAACUCCGCUUGGUGAUGGUCUGGCAGCCGGCCUUCAUCCACUGUAAUUCAACAUGCCGGCCGCAGUGAGCUCGCAAAUAGUCAAGGAUGAACGAAACCUUCAACGGCUCAUUCUGAAAUGCAAAGCAAGAUUAUCGCAAGACAAUGUAGACACAUGGUCUGGUUCAGACCGAAGCAAAUUUGUUCAGUAUGUGAAAUACGCAAAGAACAUGUCUGAGCUUAUAGAAAAGCAGAAAGGAAGCCUAUCACCCGAAACGAGACACGCUCUAGAUGAGCUCGGCAAGUUUAUAGAACAAGACACGAUGAAUGUUACAAUGGACAAAGGCAUAAUUCAAGCUCAAGCUGGAAAGACAGCCCUUUUAGCUGUGAUCGAUGAAAGCAUUAACCAUGAUGAUGAAAAGCAGCUUCAUGUUCAACAAGUAGAGCCAUCACAAGUUGAAGAUAUGGAGAUUGCUGGAAAACAGGACGUAGAAGCGGAAGAGGAAUGGUCUGAGAAAUCACAAAGUAGUCCAGACUCCCAUAGUGAAUCAAAGUCACCGUCAUUUAGAGAACAUAAAUCUGCAGAGAGUCAAAAUGAGCUUCGACAUCGUAAAUCACAAACACCGUCAUCCAAUUCAGCGAACGUUCAUGAAGAGGAAACAGCGCAAAUUGAACAUGUGUUGCAGCAUCACCGACAGCUGCAGGAAGAACUUACUGGCGAUUUAAGCAAAAUGGCCGCGCAACUCAAAUCGAACAGUCUUGCAUUUGGUGAUCUGCUCGAAAAAGACGAUCAGGUCUUACGAGACGCUCAAAAUGCUGUUGCUAGUAAUUUAGAUCGCCUGCGCAAGGAACGAACACGUAUCGAUCGCCACAACUCAAAAGCAUGGGGCACAACCUUCAUGACAUGUGGCAUUAUGCUAUUUGUCUCACUGAUGUUUGUGCUGGUUUUCUUUACCAUCAAAUUUUUACCAAAAGCAAAAUGAAACAAAGGAAAGGAAUGCUUUUUCAGUCAGGCACACUCGGUUGUCUAGAUAGCAACUGGGCUAUGUAUAUAUCCUACCCUACCUAUAUUGUAUGAUUUGGAUGAUUAUGCUACAUGAUUUGGGCACUAGUACAGGUUAAGCUCGAGAAAGAUGUGACGAUUAGUCGGAAAAGAAGAAAAAUAUGAAAUGUAGUGAAUAAAGGAGAAGAGCGACCAAUGUAUAUUAUUUAGUCAAUCUUCACGUUCUGAUAUAUCUUGCGAACAAACUGCGAUGUCGCCCAAUGUCCCACGGCACCUACAAACACAGACCAUUAGCAGUGAUGCACGUUCCAGAUUGACCCUGUUCAUUUCAACUUACCUAGCAAGCAAAACAUGCCAAGACACACCAAGCCUGUAUAUCCAAAGUAGAAGCUAGC